GGUUUGAUGAUUGCUACAGCACAAAGAAACCGUCCGCGCGGUCCAAGUUGAAGUGUCCGCAGUGGGCGCCAUGGACCCAGGUGCCGCCCCUUGCAUCUCUCAGACAUGAUUUGUGAUGAGGACUGAUGCAUGGUCUCCAGCAGUCCAGCUUGAGCUGGGCGACGAGGUGACGGAACGGACGGAACGGACGGAACGCAUCGAGUCGCCACCGCUGGUGUCCGCGCCGAAUGAGGCAUCCGACACACGGCCGCGCAACGCGCGCCUUGUGAGGCUCUUUCUGACCUGCAUUUGCUUGGCGGAGAUGCUGAUUUUGGUUCCUAACCUCCUGACGGAAAUCGCCAUUCAACGAGGUCUCUAUGCGCCCAUUCUGCGUGCAGUGUUGGCCAUGGUUCGUUUGAGCCCUUUGGCGUGGCCUUUGCUAGGUCAGUUGGGCAGGCUGGGAGAUUCCCUGCGGGACUUUGUGGAGGUGUCGCUUCCUUCCAUCUACGGACCUGCUUGUGGCGGAGUGGAACCUUGUCGCGGCUUAGCCACUGCACUCAGUGGCUGGUACCUGAUCAGCACCCCCAUGCACGAUGCCUUUUCGCCUCGAAUCGACGACCUACAAGCAGACGAGGAGCUGGAAACUCCGUCUCCACAGGCAGCUCCCUUCGAUGACCAUUUACUGCUUCCCUGCGCAGUCAUCAUGUCGGCCAACGUUGGUCUCUUUCUGUGCGACGCAUUAUCCUUGACGGUAACGCCACUCUUGAGACAUCCGGAGACCUCCUCACAGCAUGUUCCACAGCAGCUGCCACGGCCAGAGGUCUUCUUGGCAGCUGGACCAGAUGAUAUCAACUCAGCAAAGUUUGAGCCCACCUGCGUGAUUUGCAUCGCAGACUUCGCGCCUGGAGAGCUCCUAGCGCGGCUGCCGUGCGGUCACACCUUUCACAAGGAGUGUGUAAGUCAAUGGCUGCGACAGCAUGGGAAGUGUCCUCUCCGCUGUGCCGGCAUGGUGUCACCUGCCGAGGAUUCGGAGGUGCAGGAGUCGGACUAUCGAGCAGAGAGUGCAUUGAUCAAUGAUGAUAUCCUCUCGCCCUGGUUGGUAGGUGCUCCCUUAAACGUGUCCUCCAGGUCGCUCUUUACCGACCAGCAAACAGAGCUCACUUUGCCUUCUUCCUUGGCCGUGGAGGCCGUAGAUGAUGAGGAAGUUUCGAUCAGACCAGGAUAGCACUUGUCUUUAGCUCAUAGGAAGAAUCCUUGGAUCUUCGGGAGAGAGAGUUG